AGAAAAUGACAUCCGCGUUUGUAGCAAUUUCGUCAAUGGAUGUUUACUGCUAGGACGAUUAAUCAAAAAAAAUUCGAGUAACGAUGUAAAUCGGUGUACGUUUUGUGAUAAGUUCCGUUCCGUGAUGUGAUUUUUGGUCGGCCGACGGGUAAAAAGGCGCACUUCAAAAUGGCAGGUCGGAAUCGUCCUGUCCAACACAAAAAUUUGUCGACGAUAUUUUCAAAAUUGCAAGGCGCGUUUUCUGACGUGGUUACGCACCCGAAAUACGCCACCGACAAAAGAACUUUGGACAAGACAUGGAAGUUAAUGGAUAAAGUGGUGAAGCUCUGCCAACACCAGAAGAUGAACCUGAAAAAUUCGCCCCCUUUUAUUUUAGACAUUUUACCUGACACUUAUCAAAGAUUAAGACUUAUUUAUUCAAAGUACGAAGACAACAUGUCCGCUUUACAUAGUAUCGAGUAUUUUAACAUAUUUAUUAUUAAUUUAAUGAGAAAGUGCAAACAAGCCAUUAAACUUUUUAAAGAAGGUAAGGACAAGAUGUUCGAUGAGAACUCACAUUACCGAAGGAACUUGACUAAACUCAGUUUAGUGUUUAGCCAUAUGUUAAGUGAACUCAAAGCUCUGUUUCCUAAUGGUGUGUUCGCGGGUGAUCAGUUUCGUGUAACAAAGUCAGAUGCCGCAGAGUUUUGGAAAAACAAUUUCGGAAACAGCACGUUGGUCCCAUGGAAGAUUUUCAGGCAGGAACUGAACAACGUCCAUCCUAUCAGUUCCGGCUUGGAAGCGAUGGCGCUGAAGUCAACCAUCGACCUCACCUGCAACGACUACAUAUCAAAUUUCGAGUUUGACGUGUUUACAAGACUGUUUCAACCGUGGGCGACGCUGCUGCGCAACUGGCAGAUCCUGGCCGUGACGCAUCCCGGCUACGUCGCGUUUCUGACGUACGACGAGGUCAAGGCCAGGCUGCAGCGGUACAUCAACAAGGCUGGCUCGUAUGUCUUCAGGCUAUCGUGCACCAGGUUAGGCCAGUGGGCGAUCGGCUACGUCACGCCCGACGGAGAGAUCCUACAGACCAUACCGCAGAACAAGAGCUUGAUCCAGGCGCUGCUCGACGGCUACCGGGAGGGAUUUUAUUUGUUCCCUGACGGGCGGCCCGUAAAUCCGGACCUUUCGUGGGCGGUACAGCCGAGCCAGGAGGACCAUAUCGCCGUCACGCAAGAACAGUACGAGCUAUACUGCGAGAUGGGCAGCACGUUUCAGCUGUGCAAGAUAUGUGCGGAAAACGACAAGGACGUCAGGAUAGAGCCAUGUGGCCACUUACUGUGCACGCCGUGUCUCACCGCAUGGCAAGCGGGGUCUGAGGGCCAGGGCAGUCAGGGCUGCCCAUUUUGUCGGGCUGAGAUCAAGGGCACCGAGCAGAUCGUCGUGGACCCGUUCGAUCCGAAAAAAUCGCACCACCGGCCGAAAAACUGUGCAGCGCUUCCAAUGCACGAUGACGAGGACGAGCUCGAGGAUGGCGGCGAACUGUGGAACUGCGCGGGUAGCAGUUUGCACGCGCUUGCUGUCUCUCCGAGAAAUCACCUCUCGCAUUCAGCGAGUCCGUUGAUCUCGCCCGGUAACAGUCCUCGAUUGACGAGACGCAACCCGCCGGGCACCAUCAUCGUGCCGGCGGCCGCGCCGCCUCCGCUGCCUCCACGCAAAAGUUCGCCCACCCACGAGACGCCCGUCCAUCCCACUACGUCCGAAAGCGCCCCCGUCGAGACGCCGCGGGUGCUAAAGAGCGCGUCUACGUUGGAAAUGCAUCAGGACGACGACGUCGAACUGAGCGCUCCCGAAACGAUCGUGGGCCUCGUGACGUCAAACUGCGACAACGUUAUCGACGCAGGAAAAACGCAAACGCGCCACCUGAGUUGUCCAUCGAACCGGAGCGCACCGAAGGGGGCGUUACCGGUCAAGUCGAACACGUCACCCAAUAUUAGCAGAACGGUGGCGCCGCCACGCUACGAGAACGUCCACCUGGUAGAAGCGAAAAGGCGCCCGAACCCGUUAGACAGGGAGACGAAUGUUUCGUACGAGAACGUCAAUGUGGACCACAUCAAAAAGCUGGUAGGAGAAGGGUACCCUAGAGACGCCGUGAUUAAGGCGCUCGGCAUCACGCGCAAUAACGUCGACAUGGCAUGCGACAUACUGCACGAGUUCGGCACGAAGCUCGGCUAGCCGAACUCGUAGUAAACGAAAAGACACGACUUUUGCCGCGAUCGAAUAGGCAACAGGGACGUUAACUAAUUCUCGCACCUUUUAUAAACAUUUAAAAAUACCUUAUCAAAAACGUGAUUUUAGUGAUAUCACAGACCGCAGAACUAUAGAAAACAGGAUACAAAAAAUAAAUCAUGUUCAUAAUUAUAGUGGGGACAUACAACGUCGUCAAUAUAUCGCAUUACUUUUAGCCAGUUCACAGUCAAAUGUAAACUACUACGGAAUUACUACUGCCGUCAACGUCUCCGUUACUCUUGAAAGAAAAUGUGCGAAAGUAAAUACGUAGUUGCCAAACGUCCACCCGCGUCAAUAGCAGAUCCAUCUUUAUAUAUUUUUAGUGGUCUGCGAAAGAAACGACCGGAAAAAGUUUAAUUAAGGUGGAAGCUAGUAUUUUUAGGAAAAUUAUACGCUUUAUUUAUGCAUAAACGAAGAUAAAAAAAAGAAGUCUGAAGCCGAGCCGCGUUAGCGGCCCUCAGGCGGCGUUACCUGUAAAUACUUUAUUUUCCUUUUUGUUGUCCUCAGGAAGUGGUUACCAAAGUCUGUAUGUAUAUUUCAUAAGAUAUAUGUUUUUUAUCGAUGUAAAUAUGUCGCCGCGCAACCGAAUCAUAGGUGUAAAUAAAUA